AUGCGCUGGCCACGAAGAAGAAAGUCCAAGGCGCCGGAACAGCCGGCGCAACAGUCAUUGCCGAGCCCAGCAGAGAACGAGAACAAGCCGACCGCGGAGAACAAAUCACCAAUACCACCACCUGUGCAGGAGAACGAGUUUGAGUCAAUCCCCCCUCAAACAGCAUACCCAGUCCAGCCCACGCCGGCACAGCCGCCGCCUGCCGAAGGACUAGUAUUAUCGCCUCCAAUCGGAUAUGCCCCCCUGGGAUCAGAUGCGACCGAAAAUGAAGAAAUCACCAUAAUUUGGUGGCAGGUACAGGAGAGAGUCAGACUGUUGGCUGAGAGAGAAGGCAAAGAGAUCAAUGUCGGGUUGGAAAUUAAUGAUGUGAUUGCAAACCUCGAGUCAUCUCAGGAAAAGGAAGAGGAGUCACCAACCAAAGAGGCCGUGAAAGUCGCCUUUGGGCGGACAAUGGGCCUGAUCAAGACCGUCGGAGGUAUAGUAGUCGACGGAGCAUCUACGGUCUUUGCACCGGCAGGCCAAUGCUAUAACGUAAUAAGCUUCCUUAUCAAUGCAUACGACGGCUACCAGGGGGCCUUUGACGGUCUGGCGGAGCUGCUCGAAAAGUGCUCAGAUCACCUGGGACGUCUUGAUUACUACGUCGAAGGAGGCAUGGACAAGAGGCUGAGCAGGCUAGCGGCGCAGCAACUCCUACUGUUUGUUCAGAUCUGCGACACGGCACUGAGCUUGCAACAUUCGGCCCGUGAGAAGAUCAAAACUGGACUGAAAAUCGCCUUCCUCGCGGAAAACUCUAUCCAAGGUCUGCUGGGAGAGAUGGCCAAGCUAGCCGAAAGGGAGCGGGGGCUGGUUUCUGCUCAGACUUUCCAACUCGCCUCCGCAGCAGCCACCAGUGCUGCCGAAGGGGCUGCCUCCAACAAGCAGGUUCUGGAUGCGUUGGCUCAGAACGGGGCUGAACAGAAGGCACGGGUUGACAAUCAGGGAAAGCAACGGACCCUGAUGGAUGUUCUGGCCUUCGAUAAGGACUCCGAUCGAUGGGACUGGUCCAAAGGCGCACCGGUGGAGAUUUGGCAGAAGAGAUACAACGACAUUCGCAAAGACGUUGUGUCUGGCACCGGCAAAUGGCUUUUGUCUAGGCCUGUUUUCCAGUCGUGGAUAUCUGACUUUGCGUCCUCUUCAAUCCUGGCGGUGGAGGGAACAGACAUCACAGGUAAAAGUUACCUGACCUCGUCGGUCGUCAAGUACGUGCGAACAGACGUGAUAACCCAGUAUCCUGAUUUUCGACAUCUGGUGGCGUUCUUUUUCAUCGAUCGAAACAAGCCUGGCCAUGGGUUCGACGCCAUGGCCAAGUCCCUCAUCUGGCAGCUUGCAGACAAAGAUGAGCCGUACAUGAAGUCUGCAGCACGGAUCAGUCAAUCGGUCGGGGCACUCGAUCCAGACGAUAUCCUGCCAAAGCUGCUAUUAGAGAAUCCAGAGAUCGAGCACAUGGAUGCUGUAUUCUACCUUAUUAUCGAUGGGUUGGGCGACAACCUGGACGCUUCCUUCCUCAAAUUCCUGCAGCGAUUGGGCCAGUCCAGGAACAAGAGGAUUCGGGUCUUCCUUACAGGCAUGCCAAGGGCUUUCGAACAAAUGAUAAAGGCUGGAGUGGCCUGCCGCAGCAUUCCGAUCAGCCAGAAUAAUGGCGACGACAUCACAAAAUUCAUAGAAGCCAGGAUGAACAAGUUUGAUGCCCUAGCAGAUACCGACCGCCCCGGGGUGUUGGAGCGAAGAAAUCAGAUCCGCGAGCAGCUGUCACAAGCAGCUGCAGGGGACUACUAUAAAUUGGACUCUGCGUUGAACGUUAUCAGCACGCUGGAUUACAUGGAGGACAUCCACCGAGUCAUCCAAGGAACUCGCGAUGACCGCUCCAAGCAGCUCCACGACGAGAUUGAGAUGCUGAAUCGCGAGCGGUCCGUCAGACAAAUCCAAGAGAUCAACCAGAUCAUCCUCUGGGUCACCUUUUCCCUUGGGCCCAUCUCGGAAAGGAUUGUUUCCGCGGCACUGUAUAUGGUUACUGGAGAAGUUCCAUUGCGACCGCUGGCUGAGCAAAUUCGAACUAAAUAUUUGCUGUUCGAGGUGGAUAGAAAGGGGUGUGUCGGUUUCAGAUCAUCCAAAGCGCUGGAUGUGAUCCCCCACCGCAAUAAAUUGGCAAAGUCCAAUGAAAAGAUUGCUCAAGAAAUCCAUCCCGGGGAGAUCGAUAUAGUUCUGCACUUUCUGGAUAACGUGUGCCCGCCUGCGCUGUACCAGAAGCUUGAAAUACGCGAAUAUCUGCAGAAGAAGCUGACCCAAAAACAAGUUCAGAUCCAACAGGAGGACAAAGAUACGGGAAAUCUGCGACUAGCACUGGAUUGCUUGCGUUCUUUGACUCAUGGCCACGAUGCGGGUCUCACCCUGCUUCAGGAAUACGCUCAGAUGAAUCUCAUCGACCAUCUGUCGUCGGUCGACUUGGCUAUGGUGGAUCGGGACCAAAAAAGUCAAGUUGGUGAGUCGUUGAUCAGGUUGUUCACGAGAAACGAAUGCAUCGAGACUCUCAUGUGGCCGGAGCUCGGCGACCCAUAUUUUCGUACCAAAAAGGAUGACUGGGUAGAUGAUAGCGAAAACGUCGACCAAGUGGUUAGGUGGCUUCGGGAUACGGCGGUGGUGGCGAGCGUCACGGACGAGUCUGACCAAUCCUGGAUUCACAGCGUCGUCUCGGGGAACGCAUUUGAGGCACUGCUUAAGCCGUCGGCGGUUAGACUUGCUCACCGUUGCUUGAGAGAAGCUAUGUCGGCUGAGGAUGCUGAGGAUUUAUACCGCUUUGUUAAUCAAUUCCUCUACAAGAUUUCGAGAAAGCCCGGCGAGGACGAGGACGAGGACGAGGACGACGCUGUGUGUAUUAGCAGGUUUGAGCAGUGGGCUCACGGGGCACUGCAGCUUGCCGACAAAGACACACUAUGGCACACACAGAUGGCCAUGAUAUUCAAGCAAAAAGGCUUGGACAAAGAAGUGAUCGAGCGAUGCGAGCUGGCGUUACAGCUGGAUUCCAGCAACUGGAGAGCAUCACUUUGCCGGGCAAAGGUUGCUCCGAUAAGCGAAGCGGUUGCGAUAUUGCAGACGGUGCUCAGCCGUCAAGAAAGAGACCUGGAGUGGAUGCAGGAUCCGGCUCACAUGGAAGGUCUCGCUGAUCUAAACUAUGAACUGGCAACGAAGUAUUGGGAUGAUGAGCAGUUCGAUCUUGCAAUCCCGCUUUUUACUACGUCCUUAAAGCAAGCCCCACGACGCGUGGACCGAGCAGCAGAUCUCUUGUAUCAGUAUCACAGAGAGGAACGAUUUGUCGACAUGGUCUCUUUUAUCGAACAGUUCGCAGCGAUUGACGACGGAAAGCACCUCGGCCAUAUGGUGGCAAAAUACACCUCCUGGCUCAGCAUGAUUAGGAACCACCAGGUGUUUUGGGACGCUGCCAAAGCAACGAAAAAGUUUGGCAUCUUGGAUGCAAUAUACCAGGCGGCGAUUAAGAGUGGCGCGACGUUAAAUAAUCAUGAAGCCUUGUUCGGCGCACACUUUAUGUAUGGAAGGUCUCUUCAUGAUCAGCCCAACCGGCGCGAGGACGAGGUGAUCCGAGUAUGGGAGACUGCCAUGUGGGAUUAUUUCCCGUCAUCUGGGCUCAGUCCCCGAAUCUUCUUCGUUGAUCAUAUCUAUGGCGGUUUAGGCCCCAUCUAUUUAAAGAGAACUCUCACCGCGAAGGCCAAUUCGGACCUGGGCUCCGUGAAGAAAUAUCUUUCCAAACUGUCCAACAUGGUGCCGGAAGGAGUGACCCUGUCGCAGCUUGGGCUCCCUCCCAACCUGUGGGUCGCCCGAUAUCACCAUCUUGACGGCAACGAGGCCAAGGCCCGACAGACAGUGCGCACCCUGGUGCAGGUGGCCCUGGAGCUUUUAUCGGAUGAAGACGAGACCAAUGAUCUCGAUGCGUAUAAGAAACUGCGCUUUAUCUUCGUCUCGCUGAGCGACGAGAGGAACGCACUGACCGCCUUAGCUAUGGAGGCGCGCGAAAGUCGAUUCAGAAAUGUCAGCGAUCGGGAAUACUCCAUGCGCAUGCCCUGCGGUGGGCAGUGCUGGCAUUUCUGGGAUCUUCCUAGCGAGAUGUGGAUCUGCAAGGACUGCAUCAACGUGUGCCUGGAGAUCAACUGUGUGACGAAGCUGAAAGAGAGAACCCUGGAACAGAACGUCUGCAGCCCAGAUCACGAUUUCAUACAGGUUCCCAAAUGGAAUGCAGACUGGUUGAACGUGGUGCCGAAGGGAAUGGUGCCUUGGGGGGAGCAGAAUAUCACCCUGGAUCAGUGGAAACAGAAGAUUCGACAGGCGUAUAUUGAUGUGGAUGCUUGA